UCCAAUCAGUUCAGUUCAGCUCCAGUCAGUUCUGUACAGUUCAACUCAGUAAAUGUGAACAUGCCCUAAGUGUGGGCAAAUGUGGCUAGAAGAAAUGAAAGUUUUUUUUUUUUUAAUUAUUUUUUAAUUAUGCGGCGAAAGGAGUACUAGAUUUGGAGUACUAGAUAUGAACAUACCUAAUCAAUUCUCGUUGCCCCCAUGCAUUCUUAUCAUAAAACAAAAGUGCAAUUUAUUUAUGCGGCAAAUGGAGUACUAGAUAUAAUAUACGUAACCAAUUCUCGUUGCAUCAUUAGACAACAUAGACUAAUCGGUUGCAUAGUACAUUAAAUUAUAUAACUGAAAUGUGAAGAGCUUUUUACACAAUCUACAUCCAUGAUACACACAUAAUCUGUUACAACUAAUCAGAUAUGAAAGGAUAGGAGAAGCUAUACAACAAACUGACCCAUCCAAUUAUAAAUUUUAUCCAUAUAACAUCAUUCUGCAAGCAAAAACGUCAGGAAAUGCGGCUAACAUUACAUUUUCAACCAAUUUUACGUUCACUCGUAAAACUGGCUACUUUGUUUCUCAUGCAUUUGUUUCUAUAUAUACCUCUUAUUGUUGUUCAUUAUACCAUAUCUUCUUCCAAAUUAAUUCUGAAUCUUUCUAAAUUGUAGUGAAGAUGAAGAGUUUUAAUCUUGUCUCUCUUUGCUGCCUUUCUCUUUCACUUUCUCUUCUCUUUAAUUUUGCAGCUUCUGCCUUGUUGUUUCAGGGGUUUAAUUGGGAAUCCAAUAAGAAAGGAGGAUUUUAUAACUUCCUUCAAAACUCUAUUGAUGAUAUAGCUAAAGCAGGGGUUACCCAUGUCUGGCUUCCGCCCCCAACUCAUUCUGUUUCGCCUCAAGGAUAUUUGCCUGGGAGAUUAUAUGAUCUUGAUGCAUCUAAGUACGGAACCAAAGCCGAAUUGAAGAACUUGGUUAAUGCCUUCCACCAAAAAGGAAUCAAGUGUCUAGCUGAUAUAGUGAUAAAUCAUAGAUGUGCUGAUAAGAAAGAUGGCAGAGGGAUAUACUGCAUUUUCGAAGGUGGAACGCCUGAUGAUCGCCUCGAUUGGGGUCCUUGGGCUAUCUGCAGGGAUGACACUAAAUACUCUGAUGGUAGCGGGAAUUUAGACACCGGAGCUGGUUAUGAUGCUGCCCCUGAUAUUGACCAUCUUAAUCCAAGAGUGCAAAAGGAGUUGGUGGAUUGGAUGAAUUGGCUCAAAUCCGAGGUGGGAUUUGAUGGUUGGAGGUUUGAUUUUGUUAAGGGAUAUGCUCCUAGCAUAACCAAAAUAUACAUGGACAAGACUAAGCCAGAUUUUGCUGUAGGAGAACUUUGGGAUUCAAUCACUUAUGAUCCAGAUGGUAAGCCAGACUUUAACCAAGACGGACCGAGAAAUGAACUUGUAGGGUGGGUGAAUUCAGGAGGUGGUGUUGUUAAUGUGUUUGAUUUUACUACCAAAGGUGUUCUCCAAGCUGCUGCUGAAGGAGAAUGGUGGAGAAUGAAAGACUCUAAGGGUAGGCCUAGUGGUAUGAUUGGAAUUAUGCCGAAAAAUGCUAUUACUUUCAUUGAUAAUCACGACACCGGAUCCACGCAGGAGUUAUGGCCCUUUCCUUCAGACAAGGUCAUGCUAGGAUAUGCUUACAUAUUAACUCAUCCAGGAACUCCAUCCAUAUUUUAUGAUCAUUAUUUUGAAUGGGGACUGAAGGAAGAAAUCCUUAAAUUGACCUCAAUCAGGCAAAGAAACAGUCUAACUGAAUCAAGUAGCGUGAAUAUAAUGGACGCGGAUGCAGAUGCAUAUGUAGCAAUGAUCGAUGGAAAGGUUAUUGUUAAGGUCGGACCAAGGUUUGAUGUUGGCAAACUUAUUCCUUCCAACUUCAAGGUUGUUGCUAUUGGUAAAGACUAUUGUGUUUGGGAGAAGCAAGCUUAGCAACAGAUCGAUUGUUCAUCAAAUUCAUGUGCACUAUGCAUAUAUACAUGCUAUGAAGGCCAAAUGAAUUCAAAAUAUCUAUACCAUUACCGUUUUUAAAGUUUAUAGAUUUUUUUUAUACACUAAAACUUCUUCUUUGUCAUUGUAUGACAUACGGAGUAUUGCUUUUACAAUAUAUAGAGCACAUCAUGUUUUUUCUUUUA